AUGCUUUUUUCUACUCUGAUUGUUGCUAUUCUUGCCGCUACCGUUUCAGCCAGAACCCAUCGUGGCUGCCGUAGUAAUGCAGGAUGCCCACCAGGCGAACAAUGUCUAGUUCUUGCAUCAAGCAGCAGAACCACCAUGUGCAGACCCAUCGGUUGGUGCAUGAAAGGCCAUUACUGCACAAUGUCUCAGCAUUGCGUCGUUCCAGAAGGAUCCGACACUGGACACUGCGAGCAAAACUAA